AGGCCGCGCCGGGCCCGGUGCCCCCAUGUCCGCCGAGUGGCUGCGGUGGGUGCGGCGGGGCGGCCCCGCGGAGCGGCCCGGAGGCAGCCAGGAGCCGGGGCCGCGGCCCCCGCCCGCCGCUCCGUGCUACCGCCGGCCCAAGUUCCUGCGCGGCGGCGGCGGCGGCGGCGAGGAGAGCCCGCGGGGCGGGCGGGCCGUGCGGGGCACCGGGCCCGAGCGGCCCCUGCCCUGGGGCUCGGGCUACGCCGAGGUUAUCAAUGCUGAGAAGUCGGAGUUCAAUGAGGACCAGGCGACAUGCUGCCAGAUCUCCAUCCGCAGGAGGGAGCUGGGCCUGGAAGAGGACAAGGAGUGGCUGAUCCUGUGCUCCACACAGUUUUUGACUGGUUACUACUGGGCACUCUUUGAUGGCCAUGGUGGCCCAGCAGCUGCCAUCAUUGCCUCCAACUAUUUGCAUUACUGCAUCAAGCAGAAGCUGGAGGAGGUUGCGGGGGCCAUCACAGAGGCCCAUCCCCCCAUGCACAUGAGCAGACGCUGCGUUUGCGACAGUGACCCCCAGUUCGUGGAGGAGAAGCACAUUCGUGUGGAAGACGUGGUGGUGGGAGCCUUGGAGAAUGCCUUCCAGGAAUGCGAUGAAGUCAUUGGCCAGGAGAUGGAAGCCACUGGCCAGACAGGAGGCUGCACUGCUCUGGCUGCUCUUUAUCUCCAGGGAAAACUGUAUGUGGCUAAUGCUGGGGACAGCAGGGCCAUUCUUGUUCUGAAGGACACCGUCGUGCCCAUGAGCUGUGAGUUCACCCCCGAGACAGAGAGGCAGCGACUCCAGCACUUGGCUUUUCUCUUCCCCAAGCUCCUGGAUGGAGAGUUCACGCGCUUUGAGUUUCCACGGAGGUUGAAGGGAGAUGACGUGGGUCAGAAAGUCCUGUACCGGGAUUACUUCAUGGAGGGCUGGGGAUACAAGCUGGUGGAGAAAGCUGACCUCAAGUAUCCUCUUGUCCAUGGUCAUGGGAAGCAGGCUCGCUUGCUGGGGACUCUGGCUGUCUCUCGAGGUUUAGGGGAUCAUCAACUCAAAGUCAUCGACACCAACAUUGAAGUGAAACCUUUUCUCUCCUGCAUUCCUAAGGUGAACAUAUUUGACUUCGCUCUGCAUGACAUUAAGGAAAACGAUGUCCUCAUCAUGGCAACUGAUGGCCUUUGGGACAUUUUGUGCAACAAAGAGGUGGCCCAUAUGACCAGGAGCUUCCUUGCAGAAAACAGGACAGAUCCCCACAGAUUUUCAGAACUGGCCAAGUGCUUGGUAUGCAGGGCAAGAGGAAAGAAGAUAGGCCACCAGUGGAUGCUGGAUGAUAGCCGUGAGGCAUCCUACGAUGACAUCUCUGUAUUUGUCAUCCCACUACACAACAGGGAUGAGGACUGUUAACGUGAUGUGCAGCAUCUUGGUGCCCCCCUACUGCGGCACCAUUCAGCAUCAAUGCAAGACUAAGGAUUUCUGCUGCGCGCGCACACUCUUCCAGUAAAACUACCUGAUACAGAACCUGAAAAUGCACAGCCAGCCUUUACGCAGAGGAUCAACAAGAACAUGAACUUCUUAUAAACAUGCACAAGAAGAACAGCUGACAAGUCAUUCCUCGUACUCCCUUUUUUUUUGUUGUGCCAAUAACAAAUUGCCAAAGUGGCCACGCAAGCCAAAGAACAAUAUUUAAGGUCUUUGCAGGACAAUGAGCCUCAAAUCCACAUUUCUAGUGGUUCUAGUGGCCUGUCCUCCUUUUUAAUAUUAAAGAAUGAGGAUCAACUAAGA